ACAUGAUACUAGUCAUUCCUUACAUUACGAGUAAUGGCUCAGUUUUGUAAAGAAGAGCUUUCAUAUGUUAAAGAAUUACCUGAGCAUGUGGAAAUAGAUUGUCCAGUUUGUCUUAAUGUUUUGACAGAUCCUUAUAUUGUGAGCUGCUGUGGGCAUAAUUUCUGUGGGUCUUGUAUUGAGAUGGUAAAAGCAGCUGGUAAUGGAUUCUGUCCUAUGUGUAAAGCAAUACCUGACAAGAAAUUUUCACGUAUUAUCAAUGGAUUGGAGGUCUACUGUAAUAACAAUAAGAAAGGAUGUCCAUGGAAAGGAGAAUUAAAGAAUAUGUCUACUCAUCUUAAUAAAGAGAAGAGAGAUGGAGAAUGUAAAUUUGAAAAAGUAAAGUGUCGACAUAAGAAAUGUCAAGAGAGAAAGCAACGCAGAUAUCUUGAGGAUCAUGAAGAUAAAGAAUGUCUUGAAUGUUCAUAUCAAUGUCGAUACUGCAGCAGUAAAGUUGGUUCUGGUCUUCCUUCUGCUAAUACACAACAAACAAGAAAUCAAUUUCACUUUCAAGUAACAUGAUAUGAAUGGUGUGGUUGAUAUUAAAAGUAUUUGAUAAUAAAGCUAGUAUAAAGAUCCAAUAGAGCAAUGGAUGAAUUUUAAUUGACAAUCACUUUUGCUCAAGAUUUUUAGAAACAGUAAGUAUCAUUAUAUAGUGUAGAUGUGUAUGUACAUUUUACUUUAGUGUCAUGAUGAGUCCUAAGGUAACAAAUAAGGAACCACUUGAUAAUGCAUGUACAUGUACUUGACUUCAGCGUUAGUGGUAGUGCUUUAUCAGGUUAAUGAUAUGCACAAGUAGGGCAAUCCAAAUUCAUCUUUAAACUUGAUUUGACUCAUACGUGGCUACUGGCAAGUUCCUGUUAGUCUUGAGGACCAUCCGAAAACUUGGGUAAGCAUAGGGUAAGCAUCUGGCUGAGAUACUACAUUAAGGCAUCUAUAAUUCACACAGAUUUGAAUUGUGUUAUCUUUCUGGGCCACUAAUGCGAUUGAAGCUGCCCACUGACUUGAUGAGUGCUCGAUGAUCUCUUGAUUUUCCAUCUCCUGGAGCUCUUGAGCCAUUGUAUCUUUAUACGCAUUUGGUAACUGAUAGGGUGCUAGUUGAAUUGGUGUGCCUGUGCCAUCUCCAGUUUGAGUAGAAUGAGUAGCUGCAUGUAAAUCAUGUUGUUGUGCAUCAUGUAAGCUACCUACCACCAUCUGAUCAGAA